AUGGCCUUCCGCAGCCUCGCCUUCUCCUCGAUCCUCAUCGCCCACUCGUACGCCUUGCCGGUCGUGGCGAAGCAUGACAACGUGACGAUCCGUCGAGCACUUCUCCAGCUCGAGAGCAAGGCGCCGAGUUGGGUUUCGGCGGCGCUCAACGCCCAGACGCACGAGUGCGUCUACGACUCGUGCCCUCAGAUCUUGGUCGAGGGCGCGGGACAGGACAAUACCAACGGCAUCUACACGCGCGACCCGCGCAAAUCGUGCGACGACGCGCAGUACGGUACCGGCGCAAACUGGGAGGGCUACAGGAACGCCAACAACGCCAUCUUUUCCUUCGGGCCACCGGGACGGGUCUGGGAAGGGUGGCGCAUCGUCACGAGCGGCCAUGUUCGCUACUACCACGCCGGCGACGCCAACGGACCGAUCCCCGAGGGGCAGUGGCUGCAACGAGAGGGUGGCGGUCACGGCGGCGCCCUCCCCCUCCCGACUGUCACGUGCCUGAGCGGGGUGGACGUGGUGUGGACGGUCGUGUCCGCCAGCCCGGACGCGCAGUUCAAGACUACGACCGCGCAGAGUUACUCGGAGGAGCAGGCUCGGAUGGCGGAGUCAUCACUCUCGCUUGGGGCCAGCUACUCGGGCGUCGACGUUUCCACAAGCUACACCAACUCCGUGUCACGAGUGGUGAGGUCGGGGAUGACAAACACACGCGAGGAGACCUGUGACAAUCCUUGCGGCAGCGACCGCAAGCUGUUUGUUCAGCAGUUCUCCACUGGCUCCAUCAUGGCAACGCCAGAGUGUGGACUUGUGACCUGUGUGCCGUACGACGCGCCCGACCCACAGUGCCCGAUCGAAUACUGCGGGGGUGACCUGCUGUCCGGGUGCCAGUGCUGCACCAGCCUCGAAUUCCUUGACCCGAGCUUCACCGGCCCGCGCCCGCCGCUGUGCGCCACGGACCACGCGCCAGACUGGGCCCCGGUCGACGGCGCGAUGAGUGACUGCGUCUACGACACGUGCCCUCAGAUCUUGGUCGAGGGCGCGGGACAGGACAAUACCAACGGCAUCUACACGCGCGAGUCGGGCAGGUCAUGUGACGACGCGGGCUACAGGAACGCAAACAACGCCGUCAUUGUGUUUGGAGGCGGGACCGGCCCCGGCUGGCUUGAAGGGUGGCACAUCGUCACGAGCGGCCACAUCCGCUACUACCACCCGGCCGAGCCUGGCUCCACUAUCCCCGAGGGGCAGUGGCUGCAACGCACGGGAGGCGGUCACGGCGGCAGCACUCCCCUCCCGACGGUCACGUGCCUGACGGCGGUGAACGUUGCCUGGAGGAUCGUGUCCAGCAACCCCACCGCAACCUUCCAAACAACCAUUGCGCGCGAGUUCGACGAGAUGGACGAGCGGACGACCGAGGUGGCGGUGUCGAUCGGCGCCAGCUACUCGGGCGUCUCGGCGUCGUCAAGCUACACGAACAGGGUGUCGCAGAAGGUGACCGCGGGGCUGUCCAACACGCGAGAGGAGACCUGCCCCAACCCAUGCGGCGAGUCGCGCAACCUGUGGGUGCAAGACUACGCGACUUCGUCGUCUGUCAUUACACCCGAGUGCGGUCUCGUGACCUGUGUUCCAUACGGCGCCGUGCCUCAGUGCCCUCUCGAAUACUGCGGUGGCAGCAGCCUGCGUGAUGGGUGCCAGUGCUGCAACAGCCACAGCUUCAUCGACAGCACAAGCAAAGCGAGGCUCCUCGAGCUCGGCCAGCUCCCGCCGCUGUGCUAG